AUGUCGACAGACGCUCGUCUUCAUGGGUUCCUUGUAAAUGCAGUUGGGUUCGUUUAUGCGUCUUUGGGCUUUUCAUUGAGCGUAUUAGCUGCCAUCUUUAGCCUCUUUCCCCGUCCCACGAAACCUCCUCCCCCACUACCGAAAGCCAGACCUGGAAUCCCUCCCAACAUUCGUGUCCCUAGUGGCAGUCGGGCACGAAUACCUCCUAAACGGAGUUUCUCUGACCAGUCUCCAACGAGCCCUGCAAAGUUACUGCUUGCAUCUGAAAAGCUCAAGGAAUUGACUGUAGAAGAGAAAAAGCGAGCAAGGUCACUUGCAUCUCAUCGUCGUUCGAGGUCGAUCCCUAUCAUCACAAUCGAUUAUUUUGGCUCCACCGAAACGCUGCGCAAGAAGACCUCAGCCGAUUUCUUGCGAGCAGAGCCCAAAGCCCUGCCGUCGGUAACUGAGCCCCAGGUUUCUUUUGCUGCAGCUCCGGAAGUUCCAGAAAGACGAGGACGUACAAGGUCCCGACCUCCUCCACCUACGCCUAUGCCCUGUCAUGACAAGCAAGGCUUUAGUUUGGCCAACCUCAAACCUAUUUUCACGAAGGAGAAGCCCAAGCCCGAACGACGACAAUCGUCACCCCAACUGUGCAGUUGCCCUUCACUUCCUCCGAUAUGCCACAAGACGAGUGGCAGCGACGGAACACCCCAAGCUCAUUCGAAGAGUGUCUCGAAUUCCAAGUCUCGCAAGACACUUCGCAAGAUGCAGAGUGCUCCUGGACCCGUGCAAGAACAACUGACAAUGAAGUUUGACCCUUCAUUCCGCCGGAGUAUCGAGAAGAAGAAAUCUCUCAAUCUGAGGACACAACCUUACGACGCACCAUACUUCGCGCCUCCUCCUCUCCCAAUAAACCCGCAAAAACUACCUGCGGACUCUGUUCCGAGAAGAAUUAAAUCACCAACCGGCAGCUAG